AUGGCGGCGAAAGAAAUCACACUAGCAGAUGUUAUGAGUGCCCUGAAGGCGCAGGGAGAGGUACAGCAUGCUGAGUUGCAAGCGGUGACGAGCAGUGUAGACCGUGUAUAUAAGGAGGUUAUAGGGCUCGUGAAGGAGGAGUGUUCACGGGUUAAAGACGAGGUGUUAAGUGAAGUGUUCACCAAGGAUCAGGUGAAGGGAGAGGUGGAAAAAGCGGCCAGUGAACUGAGGAGAUAUGUGGAUGAGGUUGUGGCGGCACAGGCGCCUCCUGUACUCUCUCAGCAUAAAGGCACGCUGUCCCGGUCAACCUCAGUAAAGUCGUACCCCUCUGCUGCCAGCUCCACGUCACGGAGGCUGAAGGACGGGACGAGGCGCCGGCCACAGGAGUUCGAUGGAACAGUGUCUUGGGAAGCGUAUAAGACACAGUUCGAGCUCUUGGCCAGCGCCCGCCAGUGGAGUCGCCCUGAGAUGGCCAUGCAGCUGGUGUGGGCACUCAAAGGACCGGCAUUAGAAGUCCUGAACCAGCUGCCAGCUGCCCAGCGGUGCUUGUAUAGUAAAGUGACGGCGACACUGGAGAGGAGGUACGGGUACCAGCACCAAACCGAGGUGUUCAGGACAAGGUUCCGGGCCAGGUUACGAGGCCCGGGGGAGACCCUGACACGCCUGGCGCAGGAUUUGGAGGUGCUGGUGCGGCGUGCGUACCCGGAGGCCAGUGAGGAGAUGAUCACCAUUCUCCUGCGGGAUCAGUUCGUUGAUGCCAUCGAUAACCAACAACUGAGGAUAUACGUCCAGCAGGCACACCCCAAGGACCUUCAGGAGGCCCUGGCGAGGGGCCUGGAGAUGGAGUCAUUUCUCCGGACGACGCGGGAGCGACCCAGCGGGAAUUAUGUCCCGCAGAGAGUGAAGGCAAAGAAAGGGGCCGUGCAGAAGGCCUACUCUAGCCCUUCACCGCCCCUAGGUGAGUUCAGGGGUAAGUGCUACUCUUGCGGGCAGCAGGGACACACCAAGAGGUACUGUCCGCAGGGAUCGAGUAGCGGAAAGGCUCAAGGAGGCUGGGGGAAACGGAAAGAGGCUGGUGGAAGGGGUCGAGCGCCAGCCAGAGAGCCAGAGACCCCAGUCCGCCUAAGUUGCCGCGCCGAGGGUGCCCGGACAGUGCAGGUGGGCGGGCAAGUGGAUGGCAAAUCUUGCUGCCUCACUGUGGACUCGGGCGCGGAACGUACCUUCGUGCAGGACGGGGUGGUGGCAACUGGACAGCCCCCGGUGGCCCAGCAACAACUGUGUGGUAUUACAGGGCACUGCACACAGCUGAGGGGACCAGUGCAUGCCAGGAUUGCGGUUGGCAGCACGGAGGAGCAUCUUCCCGUCUUUGUAGCGGACGUCGGGGAGAACUUGCUCGGUCUAGACUACCUGAAGCAGAGCAGGGCGGUGCUGGACUUCGGGGAAAUGACUAUGUCGGUCAGAGGUAGUGUGGUGCCGCUACAGGAGGGCGGUGUUGACGCAGAGGAGUGUGAAGCUUCAAUUGAAACUCACCGAGCCCAUACUGCGUCCCUACCCGAAGCCAGCCACCACUGCCGUCUCAGUAAGGAACAGAAGGAGGAAAGUCAAGGGUCGGAAGAGUGUGAAGGUGUACAGACCACUAUGGACCCGGAAGGUCAUUGCGAGGACAUGCAGGGGAGUAGCACUGGGGUUCCACCUCAUCUGCAGGAUCUAUUGCAGAGGAGUUCGGCAUGCCUGUCUGGGGAACAGGUGGACGAGGUGAAGGAAGUGCUGACUCUGUAUGCAGAUGUCUUCUCGCAGGGAGAUAAUGACCUGGGCCGGACCAGUCUGGUUAAACACCGCAUUCACACAGGGGAUAGUCGGCCGGUUAAGUUGCCGCCCCGCCGGAUUGCGCCUGCUCGUCGGCUGGAAGUGGAAAAAGCCGUGGAGGAGUUGCGCGCGCAAGGGAUAAUCGAAAAGUCGGCUAGUCCCUGGAGUGCUGCUGUUGUCCUUGUUAAGAAGAAGGAUGGGUCUACCAGGUGUUGUGUGGACUAUCGGGGCCUUAACGCGGUGACGACAAAGGACUCUUACCCUCUACCGAGGGUGGAUGACACGCUUGACGCGCUCACGGGGGCCCAGUGGUUCUCCACCUUAGACUUGAAAUCAGGUUACCAUCAAGUUGAGGUUGCGGAGGAGGACAGAGAGAAAACGGCCUUCUCGUAUGGGCAGGGACUGUAUCAGUUUAAAGUGAUGAGUUUUGGUCUGGUGAAUGCCCCGGCCACCUUUGAGCGUCUAAUGGAGCUUGUGUUGGAUGGGUUGCUGUGGAAAAGCGCCCUGGUGUACUUGGACGAUGUGCUAGUGUACGGGAAUUCGUUCAUGGGGGUUUUGUAG